AUGAACGGUACCGCGGGCGGACGCAUCGCCGCGGGCGCUGGGUUGAACCUACUGGGGCAACACGGUGCCGAUCGAAACGCGGAGGCCACGGUGUACGUCGGGAACCUGGACCCGCAGGUGACGGAGGAGUUGCUGUGGGAGCUGUUCCUCCAGGCGGGACCGGUGACGAACGUGUACGUGCCGAAGGAUCGGGUGACGAGCACGCAUCAGGGGUACGGGUUCGUGGAGUUUAGGAAUGAGGAAGAUGCUGAAUAUGGUAUUAAAAUUCUCAACAUGGUCAAGCUCUUCGGGAAGCCGAUCAAGGUGAACAAAUCGGCGGGCGAUAGGAGAGAUGAGGUGGGCGCAAACUUAUUCAUCGGUAAUCUUGAUCCGGACAUCGAUGAGAAGCUGUUGUACGACACCUUCAGUGCGUUUGGGGUGGUGAUUAAUACGCCAAAGAUCAUGCGCGACCCGGACACGGGCGUGAGCAAGGGUUUUGGUUUCGUCGCGUACGAUUCGUUCGACGCCUCGGACGCCGCCAUCGAUGCCAUGGACGGACAGUACCUGUGCAACAAGCAGAUCAACGUGCAGUACGCGUUCAAGAAGGAUAGCAAGGGUGAACGUCACGGUUCUCAGGCGGAGCGUCUGCUCGCGCAGUCCAUCGAGCGACCGAAGACGGUGCGUCCGCACACCUUAUUCAGCGCUGGACCCGCGAGCACGCCAGCGGCGAUGGGCGGCAUGGUAGGUCUGCCACCGCCGCCGCCGGGGAUGAUGGGUGGUAUUCCGCCGCCGCCGCCGGGCAUGAUGGGCGGACUGCCGCCGCCGCCGAUGGGUUUUGCGAUGCCACCGCCGCCGGGCAUGAUGGGCGGCGGGUACGCCAUACCACCACCACCAGGAAUGAUGAACGUCCCACCGCCGCCGGGGAUGAUGCAGAGCGUCCCACCGCCGCCAGGGAUGACGAACGUUCCGCCGCCGCCGCCAGGGCGCUAG